GCAGCGUUUUUCCAGUGGAGCGCCGCCGUCGAGUGCCACUUCCUCAACGGCACCGAGCGGGUGAGGUUUGUGGCGAGGCACGUCUACAACCGGCAGCAGUACGUGCACUUCGACAGCGACGUCGGGCUCUUCGUGGCCGACACGGCCCUGGGAGAGAGCUCCGCCAAACUCUUCAACAGCCAGCCCGACGUGCUGGAGAAGAACAGGGCCGCGGCGGAAAUGCUCUGCGCCUACAACUACGAGACCGUGGCCCCUUGGACGCUGCACAGGAGAGCGGAGCCCAAGGUGAGGGUCUCUGCGCUGCGCUCGGGCUCCGCGCCCCGAACCGACCGGCUGGCGUGCUACGUGACGGGCUUCUACCCGCCCGAGAUCCGGGUGAAGUGGUUCCGGAACGGGCGCGAGGAGACGGAGCGCGUGGUGUCCACGGACGUGAUCCAGAACGGGGACUGGACCUACCAGGUGCUGGCGGUGCUGGAGAGCGGCCCGCGGCGCGGGGACACCUACGCGUGCCACGUGGAGCACGCCAGCCUGCGGCGGCCCAUCGUGCGGCCCUGGGAGCCCCCGGUGGACGCGGGCAGGAGCAAGAUGCUGGCGGGCGCGGGGGGAUUCGUGCUGGGCUUCGUCUGCCUGGCGCUGGGGCUCUUCAUCUUCGUGCGCAGUGAGGAAGGCCGCCGCGAUCCAACCCGCCCAGGGAUGCGCGACGAGCAGCUGCCCCACGCCGCUGCUCCACCGGCGCAGCCCGCACGCCCCGGCCCCGAGCUUGGGCUCGGUCGGGCCGGCACCGCGCUCCCUCCUGCCGCCGUGUUCCCUGCUGCCGCUGCCGCGCCUGCUCCGUCCCCUUCUCCAGAAGAGCUCGCUGCGAUGCUGACUCCGGGCUCCUCCCAGUUUCUCGCCAUGCUCACCCCGUGACACCCCCUGUCCCCACCGUCCUCACCCAGCGCUCGUCUCUUGUCACCCCGUUACAACACCAUCUUCACCCCACGUGACCCACGUGGUGACCCACGGUCACCCCACGACGGCCGGACUUUCCCUUUCCGAUCCCUUCCUUCUCAAGCUGUUUUUCCCCCGUGGUUCCUUCCUAGUAACCUCCUGGUCUCCUUAUGGUGCCACCACGUUCUCGCCACGGUCAGCCCACGUCCUUGUGGGAUUAAGUGGGGUGGGUGGUGCAUGUAUGGGUAUAAGUAGCUUUGUUGCGCAGCAUUAAAUUGGCAUUUGGAGCUAG